AUGACCGGCACACACUACCCAUCCACCUCGACAUCCUCUUCCUCAUCAACAUCCAACCUCCUUCCAUCCAACCUCAACGCCAACAACUCAUUAGGGCACGGCGCCAUAACUCCAUCUCCGCUGGCAACUCAAUUCCCGCACCUCUCGCACUACAUCGCUUCGCUGUUACAGAUCGCUCAACAGGAGAACGCACAGGCUCAAAGGACCAAGGUGGCUAAACAUCCUUUGAGCGUGUCUAGUGCCAGUUCGGACGUUCACGAUAACGACAAUGACAACGAGGAUGAGGCUGAAGACGGUCAUGCCGAGAAGACACAAGGUCGUUCGAGGGAAUCGACCAGUUCCUCUUCACCCCCUUCCGUCGAUAUCUCAGGCUCCGAAGGUGAAGGGGAAGAGCACGAGCGGGAACCUAGCGCACAGAGGGAAGAGUUGAUCAGGAAAGUGGUCGAUCUUCUGGGGAACGAAAAGGAGGAAGAGGUCAAGGCGGUCGUCAAGGAGAGGUUAGGCGUGCUCGGUAACGACGAGUCGUAUAUCGAUCAGGUCUGCUUGGAUCUGAUGCACAAGCACAAGGACGACGUCGAUAGCGUGCCCUACACACCUUUCAGCGUGACCCCGAUCAGACCCAAAGCUUCCCCCAUCCCGGCUCACGCUCAACCUUUUCGACCGUUCACGCCUUCCAGAGCCCCUUCUUACCGUGCAAGGACUCCUCUCGGUCGACCGCAAUCCCCGGCUGCGGGGCUCGGUGCGGCGAGUUCGGUCCUGGGUGCCGCUGGGUACGGAUCGGCGGGGUUCAACUCGGCCGUCAGCCCUAUGGCUAGUCCGGCAAGUAGUCCGCAAUUGAGCCACAGGACGUUGAACUUCGGACACUCGAACCAGGCUUCGGGGACAUUUUCGCCGGGAGGGUCGUUGAUGGGUCAUAAUAACGGAGCGUCGGGUGGUCUGCACGGAUUGAAUAUCAACACGAUGAGCGCGCCUGGGUCGGGCGCCGUUACGCCCACGGGAACAGGACCCAAGUUGGGCAUGCAUCUUCCCGCGCCUUUCAACGCUGGAGGACCUGAUCCCGCGAUGAAUCGACACAAGCACUUGUUGCCCGACGAGGACGAUGACGAGUUUUCGCCCUUCGGGAAUGACGAGAUGCAGAGCGGUAACGGUGGACAAAGGGGAUCGCCGGCGACCAAGUUGUUAGCUACCGCUAAAGCCUUUGAUCCCACUAAACUUGGGCCUCCUGUGAGGAUGGGCUCACCUGCAGGAUUUAGUCCUGGUAACGGACCUCAGCCGUUGGGCGGGAGUUACUUUGGUGGAGGUGGCGGUGGCGGCGAACAACACGACCCGAACUAUCUCGGCGAAGGCAUGACUCCGCUCGAUGUCUUGCAAUCCGUCUUCACCUCGUUGCCUGUUGGCGACCUCGAAGACGCCCUGUACAAGACCGGGUACAACUUCGAAGAAGCCAUGGCCCUGUUGAUCUCGCAGAAUGGAGGCACGCGAUCCGGCAAUUCGGGCGCCUUUACGCCUGGUCGUGAGGAUGGACCUGGACAUCACGUGCCGAACAACAGGCCCAAUGUGUUCGCUCCUGGCGGACCGGCUUCGAGGGAAAGGAAUAUGCCUCCCGGUGGCGGCGGCACGAGGACUCCAGGCGGACUCAAGAUGUGCAGGUAUUAUCUAGCCGGAGAAUGCAGGAGGUCGGAUUGUCGUUUCAGUCACGAUGUUGAUCGGGCCUUGUGUCGAUUCUGGCUGCGCGGACAGUGUGCCAAGGGUGACCAGUGCGAGUUCAUUCACGCUUUACCCUCGGUCGACCCCAACAUGCUCACCAAUGCCAUGUCCCGUAUCGAGCUCUCGCACGACGGCACAUCUCGGCCAAGGACGCGAACGGACGAGUUCCCCGACCUGCAUCUGGCCUCGAACCAGCGAGGCGCCGUCUUCGAUCCCUCAAGGAACCGAUUCGCCAACGCCGUCAAGCGGCCCGUCCAAGGUCCUGGACCACAAUAUACGCAUAUCGGGGGACAGCGAGGCGGUCCGGUCAUCCCGCCGAGCCAUCGACCGUUCUCCUCUGGCUCUGGCUUCCGACGUCGUGUGGAUGGACCCAUGUCGACGGGCCCACCCAUGCCUCACCCUUCGCCUCGUAUUAAACUCCGACCUCCUACCUUGAUGCCGACGUUGCCAACAGGCGCAGCUAUGAACGACAUGUAUAUGGAAGCCCGUCAAGCCGCUAUCAAGCUAGGACAAUCAAGAAAUGCUUGCUUGGCGAGAGCUGCCGAGGCUUGGAGACGUGGAGAUGGUGCAACGGCCAAACGGUUCUCGAGGGAGGCCAACGUCCUGAACGAGAGGAUGACUGUCGAGACCGCGGACGCCGCUGCUAAUCUCGUUCGUCAGAGGCGUAUCCAAGCGCAAGACGCGAUCAGGGCUCGAGGCGAAUGGAGCAACGAUCCCGACGAUAGAUCCAGCAAGGGCAAGGAGUGUGCAAGCGGUCUCGGUGUCAUCAUGGGAGUCGCUGGUGUCAACAUCCUCGGCCCCGGAGCCGAGUCCCUUUCGACAUCGGAGAGGACCGAGGUAUUGCUCGAUUUGCAUAUGCUGCAUGCCAAUGAGGCGUCUGACGUUCUUGAAGACUUUUUGAUGGCGCUGGAACGAGAAAACUUCCACGGUUUGGCCUACAUCGUCGUCGGCGAUGAAAGACACGUUGGCACGCAGGACACUGGCCGCGGCGCUUCGCGACACCGCCUGGCAGCCGGUAUCAAAUUGUUCUUGCAACGAUAUGGCUACCCUUGGAGUGAAGGCGGCGGAUGCAUCUGUAUCGACCCUCUCACCCACGCCUGA